AUGGGCGCAGCCACAGGAAGGAACCCUUAUAAACUUCUUGGAGCUUCGUCUUUUCGCCUUCUGGAAGUAUGGCGUACAGGAAACGGUGAUAUUGCGGGGCACCUCGAAACAUUUUCACUAAGUUCUCAAGACUAUCCCAGCUUUGCUACUGUUUCGUAUGCAUGGGGUAAAGUAACGAGGAAUAAGUCGAUUGACUUGGAUGGCGAACCAUUUGCCGUGUUAGACAGCACCUAUCCUCUUCUUGAAGCUAUCUGUGACAACGCAAAUCUCAAACCGUAUACAUGGUUCUGGAUUGAUUCUAUAUGCAUCAAUAGCGAUGAUGAUGAGGAACGUGCGUCUCAAGUCCAGUUAAUGGGCCAGUUAUAUGAGAGCUCGUACAUUACCAUUGUCUGGCUAGGAGCAGGAGAUAUUGAAUCCGACCAGGGAAUGGAUUUUUUCCUCACCCUUAGCCAAAGAAGAGACGAACUGGUUGAAACUUGGAAAGAAAGACAGUCCAGGGAAAUGCCUUCAGAUCUGAACAUCCCCGAGAAGUGGAGGGUACUGAGAGAACUUUUGCAAAGGCCGUGGUGGAGAAGAGUAUGGACGAUACAGGAGUUCAUUCUGCCACGUCGUCUAGUCUUCUUCUGCGGAAACAAGCAUAUGUUGCACUCGCAGUUUCCGAAAGCAAUGUACGCUAUCUCUUGUUGCAAUCCAGAUGAGUCCCUUAUUGGGAGCAAUACCCGGAAUGCAGCCUGGAACAGACGCAGACUUCGUCAGUGGAGUGAACGCCAACGGAGGAGCGGACAGCAAAGUCCCAUUGAGAUGAGCCUCAUCGCUUUGGUUGCUUACACGAGUGACUGCUUUGUCACCAAUCCCAAGGAUCGAAUUUAUGCUUUGCUGGGAUUGGCAAACAAGGAGGACAGAAGUGUUGUUGGCCAGCCAAACUAUCGCAGCGAUGUUUCGGCUGAGACUAUAUAUACAAAUGUCGUCAGAUCCUUUAUUAAGACCUACAACAGCUUAGACAUUAUUUGCUUCGCAACCCUUUUCAACAGCUCAAACCAGCUCCCAGAACAGAACAAAGUAGUAGUUACCGCACCAUCUUGGGUUCCCAAUUGGAAUAUCCGUGUUCAGGUUUUCGUGACCCCUCUCUUGGUCAGCCAAAGCGGUAUCUCUUACAUUGGCAACUUUCGUCCUAUUGUUGACAGGUCGGACACGGAACAUCCAGCCCUCUAUACUGCGGCCGGAAAUACUUUGCCUGAAUGUUCAAUCUCGGACGACUCUAAGAUGACCUGCAAGGGCAUCAUCUUGGACUGUGUUGACGGUCUUGGAACCACACGUGUUACGCCAAAAGGCGGGGAUCCGGACCAGCAUGAUUCGAAGCUCGUUCCGUCGCCGUCAGAUAGAAAUCGAGACACUGAUCGAUCAACUUCAAACUAUGACUUUGCGCAGCGUAGAGAACAAGCCAGUAGAUUAUUGGACAAACUCAUUCGCAGCAUGGUUCUCGAUCGACAAGACCGCUAUCUCAGCAUUCGCACUCCCUUGGACCGAUUCAGAGUAGAGUUUGCGCACCUCAUGGCUUCCAGGGAGAGUAACAGGAACACAUCUGCUUAUAAGCGGUUCUAUGCCUGGGUCAAUGACAAUGAAGGGCUUGAAAUAUGGGGAUUCAAGCUAAAGGAGCUUUUUCAGUCUGCUUCAAUGGCCACAGUCCCACCAGACUUUGACCUUUCGGAACAGAGAGAAGAUGGCCUCCCGUCUAGACUAAACGACACGACCGGUCCACGGGAAAUGAGGAAGAGGCUGAUGGUGACGGAGCAAGGGUUCGUGGGUAUGGCGCCGUCGCAGGCGAAAAGGGGUGAUGUUGUGUGUGUCUUGUAUGGAUGCCGUGUACCUGUUUUGCUUCGAUCCCGUGGGGACAACUACAAAUUUAUUGGCGAGUGUUAUGUCGAUGGAUUUAUGAAUGGCGAGGUUUUUGAUAGAAGCCUCAAGAGUAGGGAUUUGGUACUGGUAUAA